AUGCUUCAAGCAAAACAGAAUGCCUGUGAUAGAGCUUUGCUGACACAACAACUGCGGCGCUACUCUGCAGACCAUGUGAAAAUAACCAAAGAAGACACAGAGCAAGCUAAACGUCUAGUAGACAACUACAUCAAAAAAGAAAUCUUGCCACGCAUCUGCAGGGAAUCAUCCCUACCAGUUAGCAAGCAAGAAUACACAGGAAGCUUGUAUGAGAAGCUUAAGACUGAAGCAGCUGAUGAAGUUGAUGUCAUGGUUAUCCUACAGACAACAAAACAGGAAGUAACCCAAGAAGAUGCUGGUGUCCCUGGGUUUGUGCUUCUCAAAGCAUCACAAGAUUCCCAGCUACGGAAGUAUGCUAAUGCAGCAGGAUACAUUCUGCCUGAGAAGCUACGAGCCAGCUGGUUUUUUGGCCUCGUUCAAAAGGCUGUAAAUCAACUCCAAGAAAAGGAUCCUGCAUUAUCUGUAACGCUUGAAGUGCGAGCUCAUGGUCCGGCAGUGCAGCUAGAUAUCACAGACAAGGAAACAGAAAAAAAAUUGUCAGCUGAUCUGGUUCCAUCUUUUCAGCUUAGUGCUACAGAAUACUUCGUUGCAAAAUCAUACACUGGGAAAAUAUCCCCAGCAUGUGACUCAAAGCUUCUCUGGAGGCAGUCAUUUUCACUGAGGGAGAAAGCAAGAUUACAGGAUAUGGACAAGGAAGAUCACGGAUGCAGGCAUGAACUUCUCAGGAUCAUUAAAACCCUCAUCCGCGCUGAGACGACCUUUGCUAAACUAUUCAGCUACCAUCUGAAGACAGUUUUCUUACACUACAACUCCAAUCCAAAAUUAAAGUGGGAUGCAGAUAUGCUAGGAGAGAGAUUUCUUGAGUACAUGGAAAUGUUGUACACAGCCCUUUCAAAAAAGAGCCUCGACAACUUUUGGGUAGAAGGAGUGAACUUGCUGGAUAAUAUACAGGAUAAAACAUUAGAAAACAUGGCUGAUCGAUUACGCAAGAUUUUGGACAAUGACAAGGAGAGAAGUAAAGUCCUUAAAUGUGAAAGUAAGGCAGAUUGAUUUUUAUUAACUGCUUUUGGCAACUUGGAAUUGGAGUAAACUAACAAUAAUAUUAUUAUAACUAUUAAGUCCCAAUAGUGACCAACAUUGUUUUUCUCCUAACAAUAUCUAUACUUAAUCAAAAGAGAAGAUUAUGAGACAAAAUUAAUAACAUUAUCACCAAAGGAAAAAUGUUUUGAUCUUUUAUCAAAUUCUCUCCAAUAAUUCUUUAAGGAACUGUAUGGAGAUCAGUCUGGAGAAUUUCUACAUGGAUAAUUAUUGUAUCUUGAAGGGUUAAUAUGGCUUUAAAGAGAUGAUCAGGAUCAUUACAUGUCUAUCAAUUCCCUCUUGAUUAAAAUUGUUUGACAAAGUAUUUGGUAAAAAGGGCGAAGAGAUAACCAAAGAGACUCUCAGUCACAAUUUGAUAGGUAGAGAGUUGUUAGAGUCCUUACAUACCCUUUCAACAACACAAGCAUUACCUAAUCUGAAGCCAGAUUUAAGGCUUAUCAGUAUGUGCAUGUAAUUAAUCAAAGUGUGAAUUUCCAUUUGCUUUCAGUGCAGCUAGACAGUGAUGGAAGAAAGGCAAGAGAAAACUGUCCUGCAAUCACAUCUGGACAGCAGAAACAAAUUCUGCCAAACACAUGUCAAACUUCUACUGAUCUAUUGCAGCUUCUGCGAAAAUUCCUCAACAAACUGGGAACCAUUCUAAGUGAUGAAAUCAAGUGGUCAAAAGAAGUGAUGGAAGAGUAUAUGAAAAAUGGGGUACUCAAAUACUGCCAGGAUAACUCUCCUAUAAUAAGCAAGUUUGAAUAUGGAGGAAGUUUGUAUGAGAAUCUGAAAACCACUCGUCCUGAUGAGGACAAUGUUGUAAUUCAUGUUGUCUUGAAGGUAAAGAAAGGGUUUGUCACUAUUAAUGUGGAGAACCCUGGUUGUGCAACCAUCAAAACAGUGGAAGGUUCCCCAUACAAGGAGUAUUCACGUGAAGAUGGCCUCUUGAUGCCAAAGAAAUUCAAGUCAUGGCUAUUUAAAUUGGUCAAUUCUGCUGUUCAAGAAUUGAGCUCUAAAGAAGCUGCAUCCAUGUAUUUGAAGGCUUCUAGUUGCAGCACCGGUGUCAAAGUCAUCAUCAGUCAAUCCAAGACACAGACACUGAAAGUAAAGCUUGUACCGACAUUUCCACUCAGCAGCGAUGAAUGCUUUGUUCCACCAUCACAACAAGGCAAUCUCCCAGGUACUGAAGUUGAAUUAAGGCUCAUAGCUAUGAACAUAGUCUUGACCUUUUUUUUAUGUAACCAUGUUGCUGAUUGGUAGUAUAGAGGCUGUUCUAGGCUCCAAGAUAGUAGUCCAGUGAAGUAAAGAGUGACGCGAAAAUCGUAUGGGGGCUGGGGACCACCCCCUUCCCAGGACAUGGGCUGUCUUAUUUUCGCAAUGCCCCUACUAUUUGAGAGCCUGCCACAGGAAAGUUGGCUGUUGAACAUAGAACACAAAUGUCACAGUUUAAGUUCAUACAAUAUUAUUACCACAAUGUCAUGAAUUAUGUGCUUCAUGGCAUACCGUAAAAUUCCGAAAAUAAGCCCUGAGGCUUAUAUUUUUAUAAGGCUCUUUUUGAGGGGCUUAUAUACGGAGGGAAAUUUGCGUCUCAAAAUCGGUUGGGCUAACCUUAUAUAGUAGGAAGUAAAUUUACCGUUUUUGCUUUGUUUUACUUUGUAUUUGAGGGUAAUUUUCCAAGUACAAGCCCCCUUGGGGCUUUUAUUUGGAGGGGCGAUUAAACGGAGGGUUUUUUACGUUACGAGUUUGGAGGGCUUAUAUUUGGAGGGGCUCAUACAUGGAGGGGCUUAUUUUCGGAAUUUUACGAUUUUUAUUUGUAACUGCUAAAAUCAUAAAUUGGUUUAUCAUAAAGGGUUCAACAUCCUCGAUGCACACUCCCUUCCAUGACAUGCUCAUGACUAUUGAUGAAAGAAUUCCAUAAUAGAAGCUAGUUCUUGUAUUUUACUUUCAGCGGGAACUGAUUGCGAAACAGCAUGGGUCAAGUCAUACACACUGAUUCAGAAGUCUCUUCUAAAGGACAUGGAUAAGGAUCAAGGAUGCCGUCAUGACCUGUUCAAGAUAACCAACACAGUUCUCAGACGGGAACCAACCUUUUCGCCAUUAUCCUCUUUUCAUGUGAAAACUGCACUACUGUGGUACAACCAAACAACCACUGAGUGGAAGAAAGAGCAACUUGCAGAGAGGUUUACUGGCUUUGUGGGGUUUCUUCGAGAUGCAUUUCAGCGCAAAGAUCUCAAGCAUUUCUGGAUCACUGAUCUUGACCUGCUAGCAGAUAUUUCAGCAGUUACUCUAGGAAAUAUGGAGUCCAGAUUGACGAAGAUUCUUAACAGUGAACAGGAAAGAAGUAAAGUGCUGAAGGCUGAGCAACAAAAGGGGAAAAAACAAGGUGCAUUAUGAGAGGAUAAAGUUUGAAAAUGACUGGUAGAAUAAUCAUUAAAACUUGACGUCUAUUAUAAAGGGAGACAUUUCAUAAGAGAUCGGAAGUUUUCACGGUGUACAGGUUUGAUCUCACCUGAACAUAUGAAAUAAAAUAUUCAUUCAGUGAUAGGGGUUAAUCUGGACCUCUAUUCUUUUUAUUUUCAUUGGACCAUUUCAUCCUGGUAGUUCUUACUGCGAUGAUGGAAACGGGUAUAAAUAAUUAGAUUUUCCAAAAAAAUCCAAACAGAGGCCGGGUUCAUACAGAUCUUCACCAAUUUCCUUACCAGUGAACAACAAUUUCGACAACAUAUCCGUCCAACUGGUAGGACCAGUCAAAACCGAAAUGGUUCUGUUCGAUCCAUUUGAUUUCUGAUCAAAAUUGCCGGAAUUUUGGGCUAAAUGGCUGGUUGAUUGAUUCCCAGGGGUUGUUAACCAUUUACAAAAAGUUUCUGGAAAAUUCGAUUUGACAGUGGAAAAUUUCCAGGAGCAAGAGAACGUCUGAAAAGGCAGUCCUGUUUUUCCUGACGGAAUGUUUCUAACGAAGAUUCGUGUUCCACUUCUUCAAAGCCAUCUUUGAUACCAGUACGUCCCAGGUUUUCGCGCCCUUAUUGCGGUGAAUGGAACUGACUUACAAAUACUACAAAUAGUACGCGUGAUGCGAUUCCGGGGCGAAAUUUACGUACCAGUCCUGAAUGGGCUAUUGCAUUUAAUAUCAGCCCCGCCCCCCCUUCGGUUGAGGAACCAUGGAAUUCUCUAGGGGUAAGUUAUAAGAAUUGAGCAUUUCGUUAAGGGUAGAGAAUAAAAAAAAUGGAAUUCUUUGGAGGUGUAAUUUUCACGAAAAUCUUUAGGGUAAACCCAUAUUCUUCAAAGGUAAGCCCAUAUUUUAUGGAAGUCUUCAGAGGUGAAUGCAAUUUUAGCCAAUCUUCAGGGGUAAGAAGAAAAGGUAAGUCCUCAACCGGGGGGGGAGGGUACGGAUAUUUAAUGCAAUAGCCCAGUUUUGCUCCUUGCCCAAACCAUGAACCAACCAGUUAGCCCGUGUAAAUAUAAAUAGUAAACAACCAGGGUUUCCCACAUGUGUAUGCUUUUGAAAGGGAAGUAGGCAAGCAGCAAAGACCAAGGCGUUGAUAUUGUGUCAUUAUUUUUUAUUUGUUUGUUUGCUGACAUUUUCUUCCUCUUGAAAGAUGCUAAAAAUGUUGCAACAGGAACACAUACCAGAGGCGCACGAAGUAAAAUGUCAGACGACACGUUCAUUGGAGAGCACCCUGAAAAACCAUCAAAUCGGGUCAGUCACUCGGAGAGAAAAUCCUGUAGAAACAUUGAAGAAUCUAAGGUAUGGUUCAGAUAAGAAAAAUAACAAGGUUGUGAUCAAAGAUAUUAAUCAUCGUCGAUAAUGUGUAUACAGGGAAUAGUUUUAUCGUUAGUCUCACGAUUGACACUUUGAUAUUGAUCGCGACGUUUCGACCGCACAAUGCAGGUCUUCAGCAGGCGAACUAUUUGUACCACUGUGGUCGUAAGUGAUUGGUGUAUCACAAACCUCGUUCAUGGUUGGUGGGUUUCCAUCCAAAGCACUGUUGGCAUUGUGUGAGGAAGAAACUGAUCCCCAGCGGUCCGCUGCGGUGGAGGUCGGUUGUCGUGUUGUCUGAUUGUAGGCAUCCAGGCUUUAGGAAUCUCAAUUCCACUGUCCCUGUUGAUGUUGUUAGAUACAACACUAAGAUCGCACUUAGUGCGACCUAAGGAUCCUGUGGAUCCACGAAAACAAGAUGGAGUAGUGUAUAAGAUUCCUUGUGAAUGCGGCAAAGCGUAAAUUGGCGAAACAGGCAGUUGAAUGCAUGAACAGAUUAAGGAGCACGAUAGGGAUAUACGGCUUUCACGAGCUCAAACUUCGGCCGUGUCUGAACACGCCAAUAAGACCAGGGUUAUCCGCUCUGGGACGAAGUUACGUUUACUGACCGAGACUCUUACUGGUACUCUCGUAGAGUUAAGAAGGGUAUCCACGUAAGACUUCACCCUAACAACAUCAACAGGGACAGUGGAAUUGAGAUUCCUGAAGCGUGGAUGCCUACAAUCAGGCAACAAGACAACCGAUCUCCACCGGAGCAGACCGCUGAGGGAUCAGUUUGUUCCUCACACAAUGCUAACAGUGCUUUGGAUCGAGACCCAGCAACCAUGUGCGAGGUUUGUGAUACACCAAUAACUAACAACCACGGUGGUACAAAUAGUUCAACUCAGUAAAUCGACGUUAUCGCCUGCCGAAGACCUGCAGUGUGCGGUCAAAACGUCGUGAUCAAUAUCAAAGUGACAAUCGUGAGACAAACGAUAAAACUAUACCUUGUUUACAAUAACAAGGUUACUAAUACGGAUCUGCUUCACACAUUUCUUUGUUGUUUAUGUUGAUACUUUUCUCUGACGUUUUCAGCUAAAUGAUCAGUUCAAGGUGUACGGCAAACGUGAAUGCUCCGGGGUUAAAUUUCAUUUUCACGUCCUGAUUAUUUCAGUCAAAUCAGACAAACUAAACAAGAUGGAUUUAUUAUAAGGAGAUCGAUGUGACAGUAGUACACGACGUUAGUAUGGAAAAAAAUAACAUACCUAAUUUGUAAUAACAAGCAAUGUUCAGCACCCUGCAAGCCGACCCUUUCUUUCAUUUAGGCGAACUUGAAAAAGGCUAUGAAUAAAUCGAGUAAGGUCUUUGUUGAGCCUGUGCGGGUUGUUGCUAGGAAUAGGCCUAAUAACCCUUCGCUUGCUACAGCGGGCUUGGUGAUGACCAUGCGCAUACUCGAAUAAACCAGUUUGACGAGAGAGAACAAGAUUGACUAGUCCAGAAGUUCGGGCUUCGGUGACUUCAAAGGUUUGAUGAGAUUCUGGCAGAGCCUCCUUUUCUCCUUUUCAGCCAAGAAGACAAAAGGAGGCUCUGCUCGCAGGGUGAAUGUUCAGAAACCAAGUAAACAUAUGGACAAGGUGUUAUAAUUGGAUGAGUUGUCAGUUGCUAUCCUGUGCUUGUGAGGUCCUUAUUGCUGUGUAAUUAAAAACCCCCUAAAAAACUGUAAUUUCUUUAAUAAUUAAGCGUUUCAUAAAGAGAUUAAAUUGCUAGCAUCAAAGUGCCUGCGUAGCAGGUGCUUGUAAGCAUGUGCUGGUAUGGGCGCAGGAAAGAACGGGUUGCUUAUGUAUGUAACUUUUCUUUCUUAUUUAUGUAGCAGAAUUUGAAUUCUGUUACAGUUAAAACUGGUUUUUCGAAUCGAAAGUAUGCUGUACAUUGCCUCGGCAACAUACCAUCGAAUCGAUGGUAUACCGUAAAAUUCCGAAAAUCAGUCCCGGGAGAGAGUGAACUACGCAAACAACAAUAUACUGUGACACUUUUUGACUGCAAUCAUUUUACACGGCACACGUAACAGUUCUUUGGCAGAUGUAAAAAUGUAUGUGUUACUGUACAGUUCUUGCUCUGUUUUAUUUUGAAUUUGAGGGCAGUUUUUAAGUGACAAAUCCCCGGGGGCUUAUAUUUGGAGGGGCAAUUUACCGGAGGGUUUUUUGCGUUACGAGUUUGGGGGGCUUAUAUUUGGAACGGCUUAUACAUGGAGGGGCUUAUUUUCGGAAUUUUACGAUAUUGCUCCAUCUCCUAAAUAUGGUAAACGCCAGUUGAUUAUGUUGAAUUAGUCAGGGGCUUUGAACCAAUCCGAAUAAGCGAAAUAUUUUUCAUGAAUAACAAUAUGUUUUAAUUCAAGCACUUGAUCCUUACAAUAAUACAUGUAUUUGAAUUUAUUAAAGACAGGAUACAUGGAUAUGCAAAUACGAAAGUUGCCUUAUGGCAUUAUAAAGAAGUUAUCUGACCAGCUCGACAUUGAUGGUCCCCGUGACUGGAGGGCCCUUAUCAGUGUGAUGCCAAUUGGAAUGAUUUCACAAGAACAGGUAAUAGAACAGCGUUUAGAUUUCUCCUCUAUAGACCUUAGAUAGGUUUCUAAGCAUUACUCUCCCCUGUUGGUGCGGUUGAUUUAUGCCGUGCACUGUGUUCCUGACUGAAAUUCUAAAAAAAAACUUUUGUGAUCAUUCAGCUGAAAUUAGAGCUACUGAGCAGAACUACUUUCCUCGUAUUAAAUGUGGUGUGUAAGAGGUUGUAGCUUUUGAGUCUGUGGAUCAAAUCCUAAUAUAUAGAUUUAGCCAGCCUGAAAGCGAAGAUCUCGUUUAUCUUCUUAUAAUAAUAAAACCAAUCAACGUAAGUCAUGGCAAAGAAAUCCACACACCUACAGGGUGUUUCAAAAGUUCGUUCCGAUUGUCAAUUGUAUUUUGCACAAGGCAUUUAAUGCUUCUUUAGGCAAAUGUAAACUGAUUCAGGUAAGAAAUUUAUCUAAAUAACCGUUCAAAGCAAUUUCAAACUAAAAUUUGAAGAAAUUAUAAUAUUUUUGAAGUUAUGCCCCAAAUGUGCACGUACGCGAGUUUUUUCCCGCCAUAUUUUUCCUGCCCAUUUUGUAGGUUUUCUAUUGUCGUUUUUUGCUGUUUUCUUUAAUUUUCUCCACUCUGUACGCAAAUGAAGGCCUACACUGUUUGCGCUAAGGCUGAGGCACUCUAUUUGUUUGGUUCUCUGACCAUUCAGUCAAAGAAAUUGUUAAACUGUUGACUGAAGUCUGAAUGAUAUAAGUGAACAACUGGUCGAAAGUAAAGACUUUAGAAGACAAACCAAGGAGUGUAUGGCCGUCUUUUUUUAAAUAUGUGAGAAAUGUUAUCGAAAAAGCUGUAAGUAUAUGCGUAAUAAGUCUACAAAACAGAAAGGUAAAAAAAAACUUCAACUUCACAAUAUCAAAGUUUCGAGCACAACGGUAUGAAAAUAUAUGAUCAGCAAAGGUUGGAAAACCUUGAAGAGAAAAAGGCGGCGCACAUGCAGACAUGGUGUCAGAAGGAUUUGGAAACUUUAUAGCAAAGGGCGAAAGGCUGGUAAACUCACGUGAUGUGAACCCUCUGGAGACCAUCUGGAUUAUCGUUGACCAGAAAACAUACCAAGAACCAGCCCCCAAAUCACUGGACGAGGUAAGGCAGUGAAUACGCUUCGCCUGGGAGCUCGUACAUUCUUUACCUCAUCACUAAGAAAAUGUCAGAAAACAUGAAGAAAGACAUUCUGGUUAGCGAUAUUUCGGUUGUUCAAUGUUAAAUGAAUAAUGAAUAACAUACUAAAUUUUACAAAGGGUAUUUUCAAUAAUCAGUGAAAUUUGAGCGAAGAAAAAAUCGGAACGAACUUUUGAAACACCCUGUAUAUUUAAUAUUAGUAGCUUUCCCUUUGCCUUUUGAGGAAGGGGCUGGCAGAUUUGAUAAAAAUAAUGUCCCGCAAACACACCUAAAAUAAUAAUAUUAAUAAUAAUAAUAAUAAAAUUUCCAUCGAGCUUUAAGUCGUAUUUUCAGCCAAAAAAAUCAUUAUGAAAAAAAUAUGACCACAUUAGUAGGUUAGGAAACGAAUACUUGCUCAAAACCUAGGAUCGAUCUUUCUGUCUCAGAGGAAGACCUAACUGAAAAUCGGGUCGAUAUUUGUGUUCGCUGCAAACUUAUGUUUACUUACCGGGCCCAAACGAACCAAGAAAAAAUCUUUGAAGAGAGAGGUUAGAUAUUCUGGCCCUGUGUUAAGAAACGGUUAUGAUUAUUUUAUGAUAGGAACCUGCAUGUAAUCCGCCUGUAUUAAAAGAAAUAUCGAUAGUCACACUUGCAUUAGCCUGAGAAAACAGCCAACAUUUCGCGACGCCACCACUGGUUUCCCCUCGAAAUGACGUCUGAGAAACGAACGCAGAAAUUCCACACUGAUGACGCGUCACUACCCAGAUCUGAGUGGUGCUUCCGAUUAGCUGAAGCAAAUUUCCCACGCGGCACGACCAAUAAGAAGCCCUACGCAGAUCUUGGUAGUGACACGUCAUCAGUAUGGAAUUUCUUCGCUGGUUUCUCAGACGUCAUUUUUCGGGGAAACCAGAGGUGGCGUCGCGAAAUGUCGGCUGUUUUCUCAGGCUGCACUUGCAUUGCGAAAACCUUUAAUUUCACUGUUGUUUACGUUUAGGUUUCGUUAUUUGAAAUGCAAAGAGCAAGAACGGUUGGAAGUCCUUCAAUGGCUCUGUUAACUGAAUUAGGCCAAAGUACUAAGACUGUUCGACAGCUUGUCGUGUGGCUGAAAAAAAUUAGGAAUUGUCAAGCCUUAGACAUUUUGGAAUACAAAGGUAAGUUGACAUUAAUUAGUCUAGUCAACAAACAAGAAUAAUGGUGCUUACUGUGGUGAUUUAGACGCCCCAGCCACAUUAUUUGUUUUCUAAGACUGAAAACUGCUCCAAAUGUUUCCUCUCUCCGUACAGUUAGUUUGAAAAUAAAUUCUCAUUAUUUAACCUCUACACAGUUUCCUUUUUGUUUUCUCUGCUUCUUUGUAGUAGUCUUAAAAUAAAAUAAUACUUCUUGGAUUAACUUAGAACGAACUUAUUAACUAUACUCAUGUAUUCAUUAUAUAGAAGAGGUGCAAAUCAUCAAACAACCCAAGUCGCAGCCAGUCAGAGUGGGUGGCACUGUUACCUUGAGAUGCGAGGCCACAGGCUACCCAGCUCCACGAUAUCAGUGGGUAAAAGAUGGAGCAGAACUCCCAGAUGGGAUUAAUGAAGAACUUACCUUGGAUACUGUGACAAUGUAUGACAGUGGGAACUAUUUUUGCCUUGUAUCCAAUCAUGUUAAUGCAGAAAAAAGCGAUGCAGUGGAUUUAGAAGUUUUUUUUUAUUACUACUCCACUACUUCUGAAGGUGACGUUUUACUCUCCGGUUGUUGAGCUUUCGUGCGAUGCUGAAAGGUUUGACACAGUACCAAAGAAACGUACUAGAAACGUUCGAUGGUGCCGAGCAGUUAAUCGCGAGGCAAAUGACUAUAAGUAUGUUUAAUUUAUUGGAUGCAAGGGCGCUUUGGUGAUAUUGCGAACUGUUUGUGGAAAAUCGCUCUUGAUGCAGGGAUACAUCAAUUAUUCCUGGACCUUGUGCGCGAAUAGACCUUUUUAGCUUGUAUGUUUUGUUUUCCCAAUUCGGAGCACGUGAUGCUCUCUAGGGAAUUUGCCUUUUGUCUUUUCAUUAGUUAUGCAAUAUGCAUACAUAUACGCGUGGAUGCACGUAUAUAAGACGGCAUUUAAAAGAAGCAGUUCUCAUGGGCGACAUCACAUGGUCUGCAAUGGGAAAACAAAACCUACAAGCUUAAGGUCUAUUAUUCGGGCGGGAUAGUAUACAUCGAUCAUCUCUCCCAAAAUUUCUAUAAUGAUUUCUUUCAGCUGAAAUAACGUUCCACAUCUCCCAUACAAGCCCUUUGAGUCAACCCUUUCCCGAGUAGAUUUAUAAUUAGAACGGUUCCCAGGGGAGACUUCGCGCGCCGACGGUGGGAAGAGCCAAUCACAACGACUAAAUGACACUGCUAUUGUACUUCACGAAACAGCAGGAAAUCCGGUGCUGACAGGCCAAACAAAAUCAUAAGCUAGUGAAACGUGACUUUAGAGUUUUCAUCCCUCAGAGAUUUUCUUUCUUUUCUUUCUAGCGGGUAGAUUAUACUGUGGAGAGUUUUAAACUCUGACUAUGUUAAUCUUAAUUUUGGUUGCUUGUCUCACGUUAAGCUGGUCUGUUACAUGCGUAAGGAUUAACUACUACCUGCAGUCUGUAGUUCUGACAGGAUUCGUUUUCUUUAGCCAAUUUUUUUGAGCGUUAAGGUUCUUAUUUCGGCUAACUGACUCAAUAUUAAUCAAAUUUCUAGUUUUUCAAGUUUUUAUCCGAAAUGCGUUUGUCUGAAUAAAUACUGUGGUUGUUUUGUCCGUCAGUUAGUGUGAUGAUUCCCUGCUAUGUUUUGUAACGCCGAGCCCAGCCAUUGUUUUCUCGCAAAAAAGUAAUCUACAGAUGCGAAUUCGAAGGAAAGAAUUGGCCUAAACUUCUACAUUAAUUGCUGAGAAUUCUCCUGUUGGUCAGUCAUAAUUCUUUGGGCGCAGAUACAAUCCAUUUUGUUUUUCUUGAGAUAAGAGGGUCUUUGGACUGGAGCGCGAUGUCACAAAUUCCACCGUUAGCAAAUUACUUUUGAGUUAAAAUAGCUUCACGGUCGAGCAACUGUUGUCUUCUGUUCAACUUUUCAAGUGCCAGUUUUAUCAGGCAACUCUCAUGGUGAUACAAGUCAGUUGUAAAGGAAGACUGCAAUUUUUCUGAAGCAUUCCUCCUUAGUUGCUACUUAGGUCAUCGCUUUUGCACACGAUGCUUAACUGGCGAAAUCCACUCCACGGCGAUGACAAAAAUAAAUGAUCCUGGCACUUCUUCGGCGCUGAUCAUCGCGAAGUUUCAAAUCGUCCACAGAACGCUUAAUCGUCGACUCUUUUCAAGGUGCAUGCUUAAAUGUGGGAUGUAUGACGGCAAAAAAAAAAAAACAAAACAAAACAAACACUCGCAAAGAACCUUUCCGUGAUCCUCAGUUCGCUGCCUUUGUCCCAUCGCUUCAUGCUCAGUCUCAGUCGGGUAAUUCAUUAACUUUUAUUUCAUCCCAGAUCCCAGCGGCUGUAAAACUGUAAAAAUGGACGUACAGUAAAAAAGGAAAACGGUCGAAGGACGGGCUUCUGAGUUCGACUUCAUCCAACUUCAUUUUUUUCACGGUGACAUACGAGACUCACGGAAAUAUGACACUUUUCGCGGGAAACAAGCCGUUCUAUUUAUAAAUCUACUCGGGAAAGGGUUGACUCAAGAAAUUAAUGGAGAUGGAGGCUCCAUUUGAUGGGCUCCUGUUUCUCUUUAAUUUGGCGGAUGAGAUUACGAUGAAAAAUAAAAAUUGCCUCAUGAAACUUUAUAUUUGAUUUUAAACUAAUAAAUAAAUAAGGGAUGCACCAUUAGAAAUGUGAAGGGGGGGGUAGGACUUUCUGGAAAGGCAUGUUAUUUUUUUCACAACCAGCAGGAGUGCAGGAUUUUUUUUUCAACCUUCAAACCCUUGCACGAUUUUUUUUUUCCAAAAUGACUAUGCCCUCUUUUGGUCUUGUUUUACUAGACUGUUUCAACCGCGCAAAUGUUUUUUGUUGUAGUGUUCCAACAGAACACGUUUGUUUUAAGUAUAUUUUUUUCAUACUAAUUGAGAUUUUCUAUUGAAAUUUGGCGUGUGAAAACCCUGUUCAGGGUUCGCAGCCAAUCAGAAUGGCGAAACGACUUUCACACACGUGAAAAAAAGCGUUUCGUCCAGUCACAGAUGUUUAGUACAUAAUGUAAUAGGACACCUAAACACGUGCAGUGUUAGACAUGGACUUUUUUCGCAUUGUAUGUCAGAUAAAUCUCUCUCGCUUUCUGGAUCUCACUCGCAAAGCCUUGCUCGUUCAAUUUCUGAUGCGAACCAACUCGUGCGUAAAUACCGUACGCCCGCGCUGCCCAUGAAGUAAUCUAUACGUUCAAACGUCCGAACUGAGUUCAGUGGCAGUUGAAACAGCUACACAAGCAGAUCAAACGGUGUUUUACCCAAAGUAAACAAAAAAUUCCAACCAACCAAAAAGAGUUAAUACAAAUAGAACAUAGCCUUUAAAAUAGUAAUUUGUGAAAUGUAUGUUGUGUCCUCGCUUUGAAUGAGAAGUUUGUACAUUUCUAGGAAAUAAUAGUUGAACAGUCCCCUUUUAUUGUACAUGUACAUUUUCCGUUCCAAGUCUCUGCACAUGAAAAACUUGAACAUUGAUAUUUGGUGGAGCAAAUGUUUAAUAUACCGUACACAAUGCUUCAAACAAGCUCUGAGGCAGGAGAGGGGGAAGGGUGCACAGAGGCUACGUAUACAUGUAUAUAAAAAUAAAUAUAUUUUCUUGAAUAAAAUGGGACUGUUCACAGGACAUGGAACUUCCAACCUGAGUAUAAAGAAUCUCCAGGGAAAGGCUCACAGCAGCGAAAUCUUGACAUACACUGAAUGUGAAAUAUAGAAGCCAGCAGGAGUGGAUGGUUUGUUGACACACUUCUUGAGGCCAUGACCUUGGCAUUGGCGCUCCCACAUUCCAUCAUAGUAGUGCCAUUGAUCUUGAAUGGUUACAGCACCCCUGUAGUGGUUUCCAUUCCAAAAUGUGAGACCAAAGAGGGAAUAACUACAGGUUUUGAAAGUAAAAAUAGUUUAUUUCAUUGGAAAUAUGACUUGUGAGUCUCAUAUGGCUAUUACAAGGAAAUGGCCAACAAUGUCCGUCACAACCUCAGAAACAUACCUGUCACUUGAAACUUGAAUUAUCUGUGGAAGGUGAGUGACAUCAGUUAUGGUGCCCUGCCUGGCAAAUAUGUCAAGUGACAACAGUAGGAAUGGGGGAUUUCCUCUUACAAAUGCCCUCCUUGUGUUGCUCCUCAAGCCACCACAAUAUGCUUUCGGGGUCUGACUAAAAUAUGACGUAAUAGUUGACAAUUAGUAUACAUGUAAUUGUAGCUGGAAAGUGUGCAAUCACUGUACAUAAGAAGCAUUGGAAAAGCAGGGAAAAAAAAGAACCAGGUAAAGUUUAUAAAACAAGUAACGUGACAGAUAUGUACAUGUAAAAAUGAAAGACAUACAUGAGUUGGCCUGUGCCUGGAUCUUGCACAUAGCAGUUGGAAAUGAAGUAGUUUGCUCCAGGGGGAACAUGAUGCAUCGUAAGUCCACACGUGGACUGUUGCUGGUCUGUGUUCAUCCACUGCCGCAAUGAUUCUUCAAGAAAUGCAGGUACUGGAAAUCCUACAUGGCUAUUGAUACAACAAUAAAAAACGCGGAUAUUUCUCACUCAAUUUGAAUGUAUAUGUAUGUAUACUCUGGGUAAUAAAAAACAGAAAUAAAAUAUUACAUUAAUGGAUGCCCAAAAGAAAAUGAAUUUUCUGGUUUGGUUUAAGAUGUAAUAUAUUAAUACAUACCCACACACACAUUCACACACAAGCACAAAGUAAAUUUCGUAAGCAUGAUGGUGAAGUGAUUACUUUUGCCUUGAAAAUCUUGAUUUAAUAUCAAAUUAAGAUCAGAGAAUUUACUUUAAAUAACAUACCUCAAAGCUAUUGCAUUAGCAUGACACUGCUUCACUCUAACAGGGCAGGCUGAAGAGUCACAUGUACUGAUGAAGGUUGUCUGAGAAGAUGAAUAAAGUCUAGACACAAAGAGGUCUUCCUCAUUUCCCCACAGGUCUAUUAGUGGUGUUGUUUGAAAGCGUCCUGGAAACAGCUUGAGCCACUCUAAUUUCCCCUCCACAAAAUUACCUCUGUCAAAUAACUUGUAAAUCUUAAUCAGGUAACUUGCAUACACUUCUACUGAGCUGGAAAUUUCCUGAAAAGCCUUUCUGUGGUUUUUCAUUAAUGUAUAAAAAAUAGUAAGAAAAUUGUCAAUCGGGCAGGUGUUCACCAGGGUGAUUUGUCCUAUGUAUGGCAAAUUUAUCUUUCCACCCCAAGGAGGAACAUUCAGCAUGUUUGAGGCAAAUUCAUUCUUCAGUGAAUCUGGUAAUGUGACGACCACUGUAUUAGUUAAUUCUUGACUUUUAUUGUUAGAAGUGCGUGGGACUGAUGGGCUUCCAACUGAAGCUCCUGAUAUUGGAGGACCAGUAGAUGCAUAGUAGUGCUUCUUGAUCGCUUCAAUCUUUUUCUCUUUUGUGAACCCCUUCUUCUCGCAUUGUGAUUUUGGUAGCUUCAAGUUCUUGAUCAGAUAGAGGUCAAGCUGUGAAACGUACAGGCCAGUUAGUUGACUUGUCUGUAUUAGUUUCUCCCAAUCAAAGUCAUCAUAUGUACGAGCCUUCUCGGCUGCCCUCGUACUAGCAUUGGUUUUCUUUACAAUAAAUGCCUUGACCAUGGCGUUGUGGCGUCGUUUAAUUUCCUUCACCACUGAUGUCCUAAGGUCUUCCCCAGUAUAUGUCUGAACAAAGUAGUCAACAUUUGAUAACAUUUUUCCAAGCACAUCAUUCCUAUCUACUACGGUAACAGAAAGGGAUUCUUGUGGAUGUACUUCAGCCAUUUGUAAAUCUGGUGUGCCAUAGGAUUGCAUAUAGUGGUUUAACUGUGCUCGAGGGCAGAACUCAUCUAUUUUUCUGGUAGCGGCAUUCCUCAGCUCAUCUUUGUUGAGGUCAAAUUUCGCUGUUAAUUCUCCUGAUGAAAUUUGCUGAGGAAAGGCAUAGUGAAAUUCGCCUCCAGUGAAGGAGUAGUCUGGAACUGGUGGUUGCACUCGAGUCACGGGGACACCUCUAAAGCCAUUUGUCAAAAGAGAUGGAUUUUCAUACCUCGCAUGAUAUUCGCAGACCUUGCCACUAUUCCGACAGCCAUUUCUGAUCCCCUCAAACCCAUUAUCAAACAGGAAAUAAUGGUCACGAAAGAAGUCCCUGACAAACUUGUAGUACUCCUUCCCAGCACACUUCUCAAGUACAGUUUCGGAACUCGCACUUGCACAUUUGAUCAUAAACUUUUCGUCAAAAAAAAACUGCAAGUGGCUUUCAUAACAAGGGGUGCUUGCAUGAAUAGAUGUGCCCAUAGAACUUUUUCCAUCAAAGCGAUUCGUAAUGACUCGUGCACAUUCUAUUGCAGUGUCUCUUUCCUUUUCAGCUUGCAGGUUUUUUAGCUGUUCAUUGCUGAUAUCCUUUAGUUUGAUUCUUCCCUGAUCAUCACAUAAAGGCAGAAAGGGGACAGGUAUGGACCUCCCAUCUCCAAGGCAUUCAUUUAGAGAACGCAUUACCUUUUCAGCUAUAUGUGAUGCAGAGUCAUUGGGGGCGUAAUGGAAUCUGCUCUGUAAAUCAAGGCAAUUUAUCAUGAAGUACUCUGCCAUUCGAAGUUGUGUCAUUUGCUCAUGACUCGCAACUCCCGGGCCAGCAUCAGAGGUCUGAAUAUCAAAUGGCCUAUAAAAACAGAUACAUUAUAAAACUCAAGCCAAUCCUUUUUUAUAUAGGAGAGAAAAGAAUCAAACAACAGACGAAAUGCUAUAAAACAAAAAUGAAAUGCAUAAUAAAUCUAACAGGUCAGUGGCACAUAAUAUUAAUGCAACACAGUCAAACUGCUUUAAAAAACGGCCAUGCCUGAUACUGAAUGUACAGGCCAAUGUUAAAAGUGGUCAUUGUAGGAACAGCUCUUGGUUUCAAAGUAGCAGUUUACAAGCUGGUGGGUUGGGACAAAAAUAAAGUCCGCUGCACAGAGUUGGCUGUUUAUAUCAUACAAUGUAUUGUAUGGAGUUUCAGUGACAAAAUUGUUCACAAUAUGUUCAGUUAUUUCAAAUUUACAAUAUUAAUUCACUUCUAACCUGUGAUUUGGAAGACCAUUUUCCUCCAGUCUGUGUCGAAUCCCCCUGCACAGUUCGCAGGCACUUUCAUAGUAACUACUGAUAUCACAGUAGUCCUGUCCCUUGUUAUCCGAGAGCAUUGCUUAAACAGAACAGGGAUUAUGUCAAAUGGAAUUAAUUUAUCAACUAUUAAAGAGCCUUUGAUCUAUAGAACCAAACCAGUGCAUCAAGUUUAUACAUGUUUAUGCUAUUAUGAUUUUUUUUUUUUACUUGUAGGGCACACAUUUACUGUAUACAUAUACAGGGCUUUGAAUCAGGUGAACAUUACACGCUAUAAAGUCAGUCACUAUAAAAUGGUAUAGUGCCGUUUUCAUAUUAUAGCAGAAUGACGCAAUGGGAAUUCAAACAGAAAAGGUUUUAAAAACAUGUUUCAGAAUGUUGUAUCAUAAAAAUCAGGUGACCAUUCAAAAUCAAAUAACUUUAAAUCCUCUAUUAAGCCCCCCUCUCACCUCCUAUCUUCUCCAGUUGUUCUUUCAGCAGCUCCAAAUCUUUUGUUAAUUUGCCAGUCAAGGGAUAUCUUUCGUAGGCUGCAACAGAUGUCAUGCAUAUAUCAAGUCUUUUAAGAAGGACUGUAACUCGGAGCUGUUCUCUGGACAGAUGAUCUCCUCCUUCGACCACUCGUUCAUAGUCAUCUUUCAAUGACAUCAAUUCAAACUGAAAUAUUGAGUCUCUUACGCCAAUAAGAUAAGGCAAAGCUUCAUCUGGUAGGAAAUUGGCAUUCGCAUCAGCCACUGAAUUCAUGGGCACUUCGUGUUCACUUCUGAAGGUAUAUCGGAUGGAAAACAAAUCAUUGGCCCAAUUUGUAGCUGUGCUUGGGUAGACAUGCUUCGGUUUGCAAAUGACACCAAUUGACAAAUCAGUGGGUACAAAUUUGUCACGUCCUUUAUGUUGUAAUUCCUUCAUGUUGUUCACCAUAAGGACCACCCCUGGACUGACAUAUCCAACAGUGUCAGGAUAAUCUGAUGAUGGAAGUGUCACCUGAUUGUCAUCUCCAGUCAGCUGAGUGGGAGUGUGUAGUGGCCUAGAAAAACCUUCUGAGGUUCCACACCGGACAUAUGCUUUGUCGUCUAUUGCUCGCCUUAUCACAAGUCCCUUCUUGUCAGCUCCAUCAUGUGUUCCAAAUGCAAAUCGCGUGUAAUUUUUUAUGUGGGCUCGAUUAUAAUGUACAUUGACAUGCCUUUCACGAUGUUUCUUUUGUGUACGAAGAUGGGCCCAAAGAUUGCAGCCUCUGUGUUGCUGCGCUUGACGGUAGCGCUUGUUCCUGCAUUUACCCCAUGAUCGUACUGUUGCUUUGCUCUUUACUGGCUUCUUUCCAUGCUUUACUAGGUACUGAUUUGCAAUCUGACGCAUCUCUUUAGACUGGAUCCUCUUUUCAUAAUCAAGAUAGCCUGUGUCCUCCUCACCCCAUCUCCUUCUGUGGGCCUUCAACUGUUCAUGAAGUAAUUCACUUAUUGCUUGCUCUGCACCACGAUCGAUACUGUACACCCCUUGCCCUUGCCCUUUUUUGUGACAUCAAAGUACCUUUCCAUGUGGAAAAGAUCCUCUUUGAAAUUCUUUUCUUGACUUUCACUGGUUUUUCGUAAAGACUUUCUAGCCUUGCCCUUUUACUCCUAUAUCAAACUCUCUACUUUCAAUUUCCGCCUCAUCUAACCUUGCUCUCUUCCGUUUCAGUAAACUCUCGCUGUUCUCCAAGUCUUUUUCUAUUUUAGUGAUAACUUUGUCAAGAUGUCUCUCUGCUUCGAUUUCCCCGUUUCUCUCUUGAGCUUCUACAUUACUUGAAAAACGGGUAACCUCGUCCACGAUAUUUUUCAGUCGUUGUUGCUGCAUCCCAAGCACCAAAGACAGUGUUGUUGGUGAGAAAAUGUUUGCAAGGACGUAUGUUAAAAUCGCCCGAUCUCUCGCAUUUGACAUCAGUUUCAUUAGAGUUGGAAUGGACGCGGCUAAUGCAUUUGGAAAACUGUUACAAGAUGAGUCCUCUCUUGCAGCGUCAAGGACACGAUCUAGACUGCAGCACAGUUUAAUAUUGUUUAAGGGCAUCUCUAAAAGCAUGACGAACAUUUGCCCAGCAUUACUCACAAUGAUAACUGGUAGACCAUGUUUCGAUAGAAUUCUAUCUUUGAACUGUUGGCGAGCUUUUACCUUAUCAAUUGUUUCCGUGAUGGCAGCAAAUUCUUCAAAUGCUUCCUGGAAACGCAUGCAAGACCUGGCUAUCAGUUCAUCCAACAGGCGCGAAAGUGCAAGGAUAUUCUGCGCAUCUCUUGCAGAUUUAGUAGUGGUUGCUAUUGAUUCCUCUAAUGUUAAAUGUCUUUGCUCUGCACUCGUAUUACAAAGAGACACAGAAACAUGCUUUAAACCCACAGCCUUUUUGAAUUCUUGGUGCUUUCUUUUAGCCACACCGAAGUUGGCAGCCAUCUUGAAAUACCGACUUAUUGGUCAGCGGAUGUCGUCCUUUAAUAGUCCCCAGGCCCAGUGCGCCAGUGUUUUCUCCAAAACAAAAUGGCGGAGAAUACCUCCAGUCCGGGCAAAGAGGGAAAAAGCUAUUUUCUUGAGUGGUUGAAGAGUUGUUCUUUGGAAAAAUAUUACCAAGCCUUUACAACGAUGGGUAUUAGUGAGAUAGGCCACCUUGAAGAUAUUCAGGAGGAAGAUGCCUUGGCACUACGAUUGUCACACAUCGAAUUUAGGCGACUGACUCGCAUGUAUGGAGAAUACAAACAACAGCAGGCGCGAAAGUCAUCCCUACAAGAGAAAGUUUCACCAACAGCCUUCAGACCAUCAAGCAGUUCAACUGUUGUAGCUUUGCCAAAGGGGAUGAAAGGCUUUUUUCAAACAAGAGAUGGCCUUGAAACGUACUCGUAAGUACUAAUUCUUUGAAACGUCAGUUUAAAAAUCUGUACUAUGAAAAGCCUCUAAAUCCGGCCCAGAUGUUUUCAAAUUCGUUUGUACUGACAAUGGCUGCAGAACGCUUGAAAUACUCAAAUACAAUGAGGGAAUGUGAACUCUGGUGCAGGAAAGAGCGUGCAAAACGCAAUGAUCUUUUGAUUGCCUUUGCCAAGAGCCCAGUUAUUGAUCAGUGGACACCAUAUUACAAGAAACAAAGUGUUUAUGGCUUGCUACAAAUAAAUGAAUUGAAAUACCCGCAAAUUGUUGCACUAAAGAGCAGUUCAUCAGCACCACGACAUUCGCACUAUGAACAUCUUUGCAAGUUUGUUGAAGGUUGCGAGGAUGCCCUUGGAAUGGCAAAAGCGAAAAUGAUGAAGUGUAAACAAGAAAUGGAUGCUACCUUAAAGGAUGGCUCAACUGGAAAGCAGAUUAGGGAAGGUUAGAAUUUAAUAUUAAAAAUACUGCACCUACAUGUUACACUUUUGAUAUACAGUGGAACCUCGGUAUAACAAAUCCCCAAAAAGUGUGGGUGAAGAAGUCCCUGAUAUGAAGAACAACGUUCUUCAGCCUGGCCAAAUAUUUUAGUUGCAAAAAAUUUAUGAAACAGAACCACAGUUGAAAAACACAUUUUCCUGGUCCUUUGGGCGGCACUUCGUUUAUACAUUGUUUUGGUUCCGCUGCAGAUAUAUUGUAAUCAUGCAUUAAGAAACCUCCAUUUCUUUCAUCUCUUAUUUGUUGAAUGACUCAUCGCAUUUGUGGGAAAAUAAUAUUUGUAUGAAAGCUGGAAAAGGGGAAACAGAAGUAGCUCCCCCAUCCCCAUUCAAAAGUCAUUGCAUGUGACCAUGAAGCCUUUCGUAUGUAUAACGCCAACAAAGUGCCCAAGUCUCAAAUAGGGUACAGAUUUUUUAAUGGAGGUCAAGUUUGAAUAUGAUUUUGGGAUAUCAAAUAUUUUGGUCCAUGAGAUAGGGUCAGCUUUGAGAAUGUUCUGAGGGGUACCCCCAGGACUAGAGCACAAUAGUCAUAAUAAAGAAAAAAAUAUUAGUCCCUAUAUUUUAAAUUUUAUUACAGGCUUGAAGAGACAAAUCAGUUCUACCAAGAACUGAUACCACGGGCAGAGAAAGUGGUUGAAGAAGUUACCAAGAUUUGCACAGAAUACCAAGAUAUUGUAGAGAAGUAUCGCUCAAGCUUUGGGAGUAGUGUGGGCCAGCAAGUAUUGCGAAGAAAGAGGAAGAAGAAUGCUCUAAAGGAAAAUAAAGAAAAACAAAAGAAGAAAUUUCAAGCAGGCGAGGACUGGAACACAGAGAAAGAACCUGAGGGAAGACAAGAAACAGAGAAACAGAAAGAAGGAAAGCAAGCAUCUCAGUCCUUAUCAUGCAAGGACUGGAACACAGAGAAAGAACCUGAGGGAAGACAAGAGACAGAAAAACAGAAAGAAAAGGAAGAAGAAGAAGAAGAAGAAGAAGAAGAAGAAGAAGAAGAAGAAGAAGAAGAAGAAGAAGAAGAAGAAGAAGAAGAAAAAGAAGAAGUAAAACUGCAGCCAGCAUGUCAGUCUUCAUCAGGCGAGGACUGGGAUACAGAGGAAGAACUUGAAGAACAUUUCCUCUAAAUCCUACCAUAUGUCUGUGGCCCAUAUGUUUAGGUUCAAGUUUUUAUUAGAAUGCACCAUUUCUAUUUAUGGUUUUGCAAAGCAUUCAAAAUAUUUUGUGUUAGUUUGGGUAAAUAAUAUUCUUAAUACUUUUAAAUGCAGCGGGAUCUGCAGUGUGAUUGGUGUUUUUGGGACAUCUACUUUUGUUUAUAGCUGUAAACUUUAUGGAUUCAAGUAGCAACGCAUAUUGUACAACACCAACUCCAUAAACUUGCGUGCAAGUGGAACUAUUGACGUUGUUAACACAAUCUCACUUUAAUCCCAUUAAAACAAAAGUAUUUCAAUAAAAAGUUUAUUUAAUUUAUAAAGUUAAACAAUUAUCACCACAGUCUCUUAAUUUAAUACUAUGGCAGCUAUAGAGAUCAAGGGCAUCAGAGUUGGUUCAAAUUGAAAUCUCUAUUUAGCCAGUAGAAAUUGUUUUUUCUGCCUGAAAUGUAGUUUGACAUGAAUUUAGGAAGUUGGGGGAAGGGGAUUUCCUGUUACAGAUCACAGAUUUAUUUUUCAGACUGUGUAAUAUAUUGUCGCAGUCACAUUGGUUAUCCAAGCAGGAUAUUUUUUUCUGGUUUCGUUGCAAUGCAGGAUUUUUUUUUCUUAAAAUUUUGUUUUGCAGGAUUUUUUGUUUUGUUUUUGGACUCCCCCCCCCCCUUCACAUUUCUAAUGGUGCAUCCCUAAAUAAGCUUAGUUAAAAUUCUGUUAUGACUGUUUGUGCUCGUUAAUGUAAAUCGAAAGAGAACGAUUUUAACUUUAGGCGCCAGCCCAUGUAAUCACAGUUAGAGACGUUCAAUCUGAUUGGUUAAAAUGUGAUCCCAUAAAAAAGAUCAAAUUUCAACGGGAACAGUUUAUGGAAUUGCUCUGUGCCAGAGGUUUUUUUCUAGCGGCAAAUAAAGGUCCUGUGGCCGACAUCGAACUACCCCGCCGCACGCGAGAAAAAGCUUCUGGUACCCAGGGUGCAGGUUAUAUCACCAAUUAAAAUAUUAAAAACCUGUCAAACCAGUAAUACUCUGACACAGCAAAAGAAAAAUUGAUAAGAUAAAGACAAAAGGGUAUAACGUCACCGGCUUAAGUCUGUUCUCCCAGAAAGUGACGCUUUCAGUAACAUAUGGCCACUUGAAGUGUUUUCAAUAGCAAAACUAAUAAAAAUUAAGGUACUAUUAAUAGCAUCAGGUUUCGAAACUGAUGUUUAAUUGACAUUAUAUGUGCCUUUUAAGCUAAAUUUUGCAUCAAAAAUAUACAAAUAAGUUUCAUAGGUAAUCAUUAAUAAUCAUUUAACUAACAACUGACAAAUUGCCUAAAAAAAACUGGCAACUGACAUUUGUACCCCCCAUCCAGACCCUCAGUAUACCUCUGUUAGGAUUGGUCGGAAUAUCCAAAACGAGGUAUCGCUGGAAAGAUCUAUCUUUGCUGACGCUGUUGCUCACCAAUUUAUUAACUCAAACUGAAAGCUAGAUGGGUCCAGGAAGGAAAAUAUGUAUCGUUCCAUAUGGAAUGAAAACGACCAAAGCAUUCGUCGAAGGGUUAAUUGGGUGAGCCCUAUACUACUUGUAGUGCUUGCGUUUUUGAUUUGAUACUCUUACAUAUGUGAUUUAUCGCCACAUGUUUUAUAAACGAAAAGCAUGUCACAUGUUUUGACUUAAUUAAAUCAUGAUUUGGUCGAGACAGCAGCAAAAUCGUGGAACUUUUCAAAACUAGUGCGAGUUUUAAAACUUUAACAAACAUGUUCGACGGUACAUCAUCAAUCUGACAGUUUCUCUAAACAUGCGUUCACGCGCAUCUAUUAAUUUUGUUAACUUUAAAUUUAUGCAGGUAUUGUUUUCCAACGCAAUGUAACGUAUACUGUACAUUGUAACACGCACAUUUUUUCAGCUGUGAACGUUCAUAACCGUCACACUGACGAUGACGGAUGUACCGUCGAAACAUGUUUGUUAAAAUUUAAAAAGUCGCACCAUUUUUGAAAAUCAUGAUAUCUAGUAGAGCACCUGGUUAGGAAAGAAUUUUCGGAUAUCUAUCAACAAAUCUGUCUGACAAAUGUCUAUACGACAACAAAGUAUAGACUGAACUGUGGAUACAGCAUAUGCGCGGGUUAUGUGACGUAAUUAUAUAAUCAGCAUACUUUUCACUCCUGAUUUGCCCCUGUUUUACUUAAUGAAUUUAUUUUAUUAGCAGACAUAAUAUGUCGUUAAAUUGAUUUAUGUCUUUUUUUAACCUUCUCGGUAAGGCGUCAUCAAGGAAGACAGCAUUGAGGGCAUUUUUACCAGUGAAGGUGGUGUAAUGGCUGGAGGAAAUAUCAGGCUAGUGUGCCCCCCUGGAGCUCUUGACGAUUCCUUAUCUGUAACCAUAACAUUAGAGGAUCCGUCUAAGUACUACAGUUUGAUAGUUCAAAAGGAUCUGGAAAAUGACGUUAUUAUAGCUGCACCCAUCGUUAAUCUACAACCGAAUGGCCAUUCUUUUAGGAAACCUAUGAAGCUGACAACUAAUUUUAAACACAUGAAAUGGAAAUGGAACGGAGAUGAUGUUUUCAUUUUGCAUGGCACUGAAUCUAGAGAUGGAAAGGUCACCUGGCAAGACAUCACUAAGAGUUCAAAGAUUAAUGAGGCAGCCGCAGAAGUCGAGGUUGAACUGAAACAUUUCUCACUCAUUAUGGUUCUGUUACGUUGGACCUUGAUCCGUAGUAAAGACAUUCUGUCCAGAUUUGAUUUACUGUCGUUUGAUUACACGUUACUGGUGCUGUUGAACAAGAUGAGUCCCUCUUCUGCACACGACAUGCUUGCUCUACUUUUCGUGAGCAAAGACGUUUACCACGAACAAUUCUUCAGAGAUGACGCGACUUCAGCUUUGGCACAGCUUAAGAAAGAGGAUUUUAUAGAGGUACAUGAACGUGCCACUGACAGACUGGAUAAAAAGCGAAUUUACAAUCAUGAAAACCUUCAAGUUAGUAUUCAACUCGGGGAAGACUACAGACUCUCUGAUAGCCAGCACAGAAGUUUUAGUUUCGGUGUAGAUUCCUUUGUUUGGUGGAAUGGAGGAAAGGUAAUCAAACUUCCUCUGGAAUGGAGAAACGAAGUGAGAUAUCUCUGUGGGACAAUCAGCGUGAAUGGAGAAAAUGGGCAUGCGAACAAGAAGCAUUUUAGUGAAGGAGGUAAAUUUGUUAGUUGCUGUAGUAUGACAGUAUAAUACAAUAGAUGGCGGUGGAGCUUAAAGAUACUCCUCAACUUGGUUUCGAUAGUUCACCUUUAAAACAUAUGCGAUCUUCGGGAACGAAACAUGACUGUAUCGCAGGCUCAAGUGUGCAACUCAUUCAGAUGACAUGUUUUUUAAAGUCAUCCGCUGACCAGUUAUUGGUUUUACAGUGCGACCAGGAAAACCGUGAACACUUGAAAUAUUUCAGGAAUUUUUAUUGUGUUACGACCAAUCACAGCAAAGAUCAGGACACGCGAGUUUAGUUUUCUCACGUCUGAUUGGCUUUUUUCGUGCAAAACAAUAACAUUCCAGAAAUAUUUCUGGUGUUCACGGUUUUCCGGUUUGAAGGUAGUUGAUCGCAGGCUCAAUUACUUCUGGUGUAUUAUACCAAUAGCACUAAAAAAGCCAUUUAAUAAAUAACUUAUUAACCUCGUCCGUUCGGCCAUUACAGGGUCAUCACUUGGCCUUGAUGUACGUAUUGACCUCGCUAUUGCUUGGUCAAUAUAACAAGGCCUCGGUCUGAGAUGUCUCCGUAAUGACCUCACUCUGGCUUAACAAGUGGUUUGUUAUUUUUUCACAGAUCUGUGUAAUUAUGUAAGGAAGUUACUGGGCAUGGAGGGGAACAUCUUUAACGUCGUAACCAUUGCUAGGCUGCUUGAGAUGCCUGAAGAGGUACUGAAUCAAGUCACCAAAUCUUGGGAGGACGACAGCGGGCAGUUGAACCUUACUUUGCAACACUGGUCGGAGAAGACUGGUGGAGUAGAAAAUCUUUCUUCUCUCAGAAAGUGUCUGGAGGACAUAAAUCAAGAAGGUCAGUGGUGUUUCAAGCGGACUCACCGCGCAAUGGCUGUUUUUCUAAAGAGAUUUAAAGAACAAUUAUUCACCGCAGUGGAGGUGGCUAGUAGUGGGUAUUUAGCGAGGCCGCCAAGCGGCGAGGUAAAUUACCACUACUAGCCACCGACACUGAGGUGAAUAAUUGUUUUAGUAUAUACUAAAACAGUGAGAUAAUUGAGCACAAAAAUGAUGAUUUUUAAGUCAUUUACUGUUGCCAACGUCUACAAUUUUGGCGCGCGAUGAUCGAACGGCCGCGGUCGUCGCUUUUUCUUGGCGACAAAUAAAACUUUUGAAGGCGUUUGUUUAGCUCUUGCGGGGAGGUUUCUUCAAAAGGAGUUGUGAAUUCUCUUUGUAUUUAAAAUCAUUCUGUAAAAAAAAUUAUUAAAUUUAGUUUUAAGCUUAUUUAUGAAGAAGUCAACUAAAUAAAGUAACGCAAGACUUAAGCUUGAUUUGCAUUUGUAAACAGAAACGUUUUUCACCGGUUUUAUCGAUAAAUUCAAGUCAAAAAGACAAAGCUUUAUCUGUUAAAACUUCCAAACCGAACUUCGUCACCUUCUUCAUGUAUUUUGGGAAUAGCUUGAUUGAUUAGUUGUGAAAUUUCUUAGUUUGCUACGGCAGCAAACCGGGAAGGCAUUUUGCUCGCAACUUACGCGAGUUUGGCGUCGCUCUCGCGGAGGAACUGGAGGUGAAUCAGUGAAUAGUGCAGGAUAUUCACUGAUUGAGUAGCCAAUCAGAACGCGCGAAAAACACUAUCCACUGUUUUAGUAUAUACUAAAGUUUGUUACUUAGUUUAAUAGGAUCAGUGUCACGAAAUUUAUCAAAAUUCAGGCAGUUGAAACCGCCACGAAACUGAGUGAAACGUAAAAAUAACUACUCAAGACAUGAAAAGAAGGUAUAAAUAACACGGCAAAUACAAAAGAAGGAACGGAUGGACAAACGUAAAAAAAAUUGAAAUGGAUGGAAAUUGUGGGUUUGAAAACUUGUUAGCCUGAUAGUUUUUCAAAGUUUAUUUUUGUUGUUUGUAACAAUGUAAUGCUCGGAGACAUUUGUUUGACAGUAGCUGUGAUUUUGUCAUUGACAAUUUAUUUCUCAAGUUUCUAUAGCGAAUAUGGUUGCGUAACUGGCAUUAAUUAUGAACAAAAUGAACUUGACAAAAGGGUUACUUAAAGAAGCUGGUUACUUAAAAGACCUUCCUGUUUCCUUUUUGGAUAUAAAUUUCAAAAAGGCGCCCAGUACUUAGUAGACCUUGAGGAAAUGGAAUUCUGAUUUUAUUCUGUGAUAUAUUUCUUUCAUACCCACCAGAAUACAGAGUAUCACCAAGAGGCCAGAUGCACAUCAGGCGCUUGAGAAAACUUGCCACGAAGAUAACCGGCUUACAAGUCCAUAACACAGAUUUAGUGAGGUAUUUUUCACGUAAAGCUACAAUUCUUUGCAAUUCUGUGUUGAGAGACUGUUGCCUGGAGUUGAACCAGGAUGAAGCCUUUUCAUCUUCCAAUAAUGCAGAUUCUUUCGUCAAACAAUUCAUCGAGAAUCGUCAACCAAUGCUGGAAGAUAUUUCUACAAAAUAUAAACUGGUGUGUUCACAGUCAGAUGAAUCGAGGACCAGCAUUUUUCUUGCCAUUGUUCCUCAUCUGAUGCAAACCAUCAAGGAAAUCUUUGUUGACCAUAAGAAGCUUGUGCCUCAUAGUGGCUUGAAUGGACUUCAUGAGGAAAACGUAGAUCAAUUUUUGACAAGCGUUUUGAAUGCUCGACAAAACAACAGAUUCCGGGAUCUUGUGUAUGUGGAGUGCCAAAUUCUGGAGAAGUUGUGUAUGAAGAAUCACAGCAAGAAGCCCGUUGCAGAGAUUACAAAGUGGAGCAAAAGUCUUGCCAUUGAGCAAAUGCUCAACUUUCUAGAGCGGUUCUUCAAGCAUUGCCUGCACGACAUAAGGUUACACAAAAGAUUAGAACUUUUUUCUUGCCGCCUACGAGACACGUUGUUGACCGACGACAAGGAAGUAGAUGAAGAUUACAUGCAAGAUUUUGCCAACGUUUUAUUAAGUCUCGUUGACUUUGCCAAGUUUCAUCCUUCAAAACUGGUGAGAUUUGAGCUGGUUGACUCGAAAAGCUCCACAUUGUCCAGUACCUCGUCUGAUGUUGAGAACCUGGUGCACGACGAGUAUGACGACACAUACUCUCAAACGUUCAGCAUCAAGAAAGUAUCAGAGGACGAGCUUCAACUGGGUGCGGCUGCAUGUGUGCACAUUGAUGGAUCAAUUUACAAGAAAGGGGCAUUCCAGUCAGUCAUUAUGUUGAAUCGUUCCGGCAUGGAUGAAUUUAACAGAUGCAUGAGUCGCUUCGCUCCAGCUGACAUUGCGGUAGUGAAAAUGGAAGCUGAAAACAAGCAUUCGGAAAAUCUUCAAAUAGUUCUUUAUGCUUCACAAAAGGAGAAGCUAUCAGAAUUGAUACGGGUCUUCAAACGAGAACUGAGCGAAGACAUGUUGGACUUGAGGCAGUCUGAGGUCUCUCGGUGCUACCUUUCAAUGCGAUGUAUUGACUUCACCAAAGAAAAGGUCCUAAGACUCCGUCUAGUGUACAAAUGGGGUUCGGAAGCUGUUGCGCUGGACAGUAACGACUUUGUGACCUUUUCCGAUUGCUCAGCUGGCGGCGCUUGUUUACCAGAGGUAAAAAGGUUUGGUGGUAAGUUUGAUUCAUUGUUUAUUGUUUGUGUCUGUUUAUCCCACCCAAUUAAAGUUCAAUAAAUCCUUCGCUUUGCUCCGUCCAACGGUCAAUUUUUAAACAAAUUUUCGAUACUAUUAUACAAUGUAAUCAGUGUCUAUCCGUCUUACUGGCUUGGGGCCUACAGUUAAUUCUGAAUAUCAGUGCACCAUAAUUCAGUUAUCCACUACUACGUAUACAUAACUGAAUAAUCUAAUUAAAAGGCCAGCGCAACGCAUGAUUUCCAAAAAUAAUACCAAGUACACGUUUGGCGAGUGACACUUAAUAUUACAGGGUGCUUUUUCAAUCGGGGAUUCUUCUGUUUCCAAUAAACUCCUUACGAAAGCUGUAUCUUUCUUGCAAGCUUCUGAAGGGCCCUAGCAUGCAUGCUUGAAGACAACGGGCAAGAGAGGGCUUGAUAGAGGGCAAUGGUAACGCCCGAAUCUUUUUCAACCUCUUGCUUAAGCCUGAUUAUAGUGGAAAAAAAAAUUGUGUAUCCUAUCUUGAAAAAAUGUUAAAAGAGCCUUCCUCGUGGGCGCGUUCGUUAUAACAGUCAUAAGAAGGAACGCGACACUCGACAAAUGCUCGAAGAAGACAGGACAGGAAGGGAAAGAGGGGAGAAUAGUUUAUGGCAUCGCCUUAUCAUCUAACUUGUGAUGAAAACAUUUCUUUCACUCAGGUUUGGACAACUCACUCAUGUCUGAAGAUUUGGAAGCGCUCUCACUGACUUCUUUUGGUGGCAAAUUUCCCUCGACUUCUUUUGAUCAGUUACAGAAACACGGCAGUGCGCAGUGCGGGAGAAUCGGUAACGAAAAAGUGCUUUUCUUCAGUUCUGUAGAUUUCCUCAUAACUCUCAAACAAACGUCGAACGUCCAGUACUAACUUCAGAGUACAGUUGAACCUAUUUCAGCUGUUUCAGGGGAAACCCUCGGGACCAAGACAAGUGUCCUCUGAAUAGAGGUGUCCACUGUUCUCUGAACUUAGUACUAAAAGACGUUCGUUUUAGAGUUAUGGGUUAAGGUUUGUUAAUAAUUAACCAACAAAUAAAACAUUUUUCUUUUAUUCUGCCUCGGAAUCUGCUGCAGUAGUUAUUUCAAGCGGCUAGAUAAUAUAUAAAAAAUCAUGAUUAACUUAUCUCUGCGAUGUUGUGUGUUGAGUUCCCAAAAGUGCAGUACAUCGGUUUGAGUGAGAUAAUUCAUGUUUUGAAAGUACUCACCGCCCAUUGUGACUAGUGAACACUUAUAUUAACUGACUUAUCAACGAUUUUUGUGGUCGGUCAGUUUUUAAAUGCUAUAAUCUGUUCCCUGAAUAAGGUUAAGCCCGGAUUUGGGACCUAGAAAAAGUGUCCCGUGUUCCUUCAAUAGCGGUAACAAAUACGAAGAUUAUGCGCUUCCUGGAACAAUAAUAAUACUAAUAACACUUUUAAACAGGCUCUAAACUAUUUAAAAAAUACUUGUAAAACCUUUAAGGAGAAAUAUAUAGAUAAUUUCAGAGAGAUCCUGAUGGCAUGCCUUUCUACACCAUUAGUCUUCCUACAAGUACUUUUUUUUCAUCAGCUGGUAAAAAUUUAUAGUAGUUUCUCACAACGUGAGGAUAAGUAUUUCCGUCACGCGAAUGAAAGAAGCUAAUUGUUUCAUGAUAAAAAAUUUCAGUUGCGUGGGUUAUCACAAGGAGUUUUAUCGGUUACGAAAUUAAUGAUUUCUAGGAGGUGGUGGGAUAUCUUUUAAAUGUUUUAUGACUCUUGUUUCAGAGUAUCACUUACACCAGACGUUUAACCAAGUUACAAGGCCGCAGACUUGUGUGAUAGGCAACUAAGCUACUGUGAAUGAUCAGAUGCCAAGCCAAAGGUAAAUAUCGCCUGGAACUAAAUGCAAAGGCAUGCAGUAGUCAGUAGUAUUCUGAUACUCUUUUUGUCGGUACGAGCUGUAAUAAACGAUUAAGCGCGUGACGCUGAUGUAACCAACUUGAGUUACCUAUGAUUGCAAAGAGUAUCUCAGCUUUUUGCCGAAUUGACACUUAAAGACGAAUUAUGCGACAGAUGCCGCGCAAGAUUCAGGAUUUGCCCCUGGGACCGGCAAUAUCACUCCAAAUUGAAUUUCACCCUUAGCUUUAAUACCGUCAGUACUACAUUUUAAGAACGCAGGCUAAUUGAUGAUCAGAGUCAGUAUCGACCAGCUAUUUAGCUCAUGGGUCAAAUAUUGCUCUUGUCAAGACAUCCUUGUUUUAUUUCCUUUCCUUUCCUUUUUCUUUUAAUAGAUCAUUCUUGUGUAUUUGGACUUUACGUUUUUCCUACCAUUGGUUAUGUUUUGCCAAAUGUUGAUGCAUGUAUUUUUUUUAAAAGGCAGUCACUGACAUUGUCGUCAGUUGACAGAUGUUUUGAUCUCUUUUACUUCAGUUUUACUGUACUAGGCGCGUUAACCUCUAUUAAAUUACGCCUAAUUGCACUGAGUGAGCCCUUUGGCUAAAAAAAAAAAUGACGCUUGCAAUUGGUUCCGGUUAUUUUUCCCGGUUAAAUUAACAUUUUGUUAUGAAUUAUUUCUUGCCUUUGCCCUCGUUUCACAGUAGACGUUCAGUGAAAAGGACUCAUCUUCGUGCGGGGCGCGCCUGAAGGCAGCGUCUGCUGUUAUUAGAGUCUAGACGUUGGCGAACCAGAUAAAGGGGUGUCUUCGUAUCAAAUAGAGGCCCCUAAGAGUGGCGGGGUCUUGCUAAGAGUUACCAUACCAAGAGCCAUCUUGACCAUACUUAACCGCGAUCAAACGUGACAAAUUUACAAAAGCUUAGAAAAGUACUUUAAAACUAAGAUUGUAAAUUUUAAUUCGCUGCUAAUUUACUAAACUUUUUGAGAGUUUCCCCGAAACGAUCAAAGUGCGUGAAAACUGAUCUGGCUUUUCUGUUGGUCAACACGUCACAAUUUUACUCCGGCAAGAAGCGUUUUCAACGAAAAGAAGCUCAUUGUAUUGAGAAAAAUGCAAGGAUAGUUAAAUCAACUCAUUCUUUUAGACAUUCUUGGAUGCGCUUGUUUUCACCUACUGUUAAACAAAAUCACAUGAAAAAGAAAAGCUCCUUCGACCUUUGACCGCGGUGGAUACCAUACUUGGCUAGGAACGGACAGUGAAAAAAGCGAACUUAAACAUGGAAACGUUGGACCGAAGUCAACUUUAACAGAGUUCUCUGAGAUAAAUAUCUGAAACCCUAUCUGUAACGGUUUGUUCAAAGAUUGGUAGACGAAUUUUUUUAAGACUUCUCCUUGUUGUUUUAAGGUGAAGGUCUCAUAUAGUGAAUUAAAAUUCUAGCGUAAUUUACACGAAAACCUGGAAAGGGUACUCAUAGAUCACUAUUUUUAGUUUGACUAGCGUUUUGUCUUGUAUCUUCUGUUUGUCUUUAGAGCUCUCCCGGAGGGUUUGAACUACUCUCCUAAGAGAUCCAUUACUGAAGGAACGAGAUCCUUACCAGAAGCAGAAGAUUCUAAAGACAGAUGAUGAACUGGAAAACACAAGUCAUGCCCGGCCCUGUUCGUAUGAUCAGCAAAGUAGUUAGUACUUUUAGCGCUAGUGCCUUUUUUGGUCAACAAGCCGUUUUGCCUUAAGGCAUACAUGUGGAAUAGCAUUACCGGAUAUUUUCUAUAACCAUGUUUAUAUAGAACUGAACUAUUCAAUUAAGAAAUUUAAGGAAAAAGUUCUUGCUUUCUUCGGUCUGAAACUAGCCUGUGCAGUUGGCGGUUUUGUCUGGCGAGCACGUAAAUGAGCGGCGUAAGCGUACUUCGUGAGCGCGCGAACGAGCGGCCGCUCGCUUCUGUUCCCUCCAUUGGGUCUCCCCCAUAAAUUUGCUUGCGGCGCAGGCUAUGAGUAGAAAGUGGAAUAGUUGUCAUAAAAACAAGGUUAUCAUCUUUGCUGGAAUAGAUGUUGAAACUUCUAAGGCCUUUCUUCUUAAGGCUGUGUAAAAAUUAAUGGAUUACUCUCCGUACCAGAAUGAUUGUUUUCUCUUUCCACUAAAUCAUUUGAAAACGCGAAAAACGAGGCUGGAAGUCUCAGUGGCGUUUUCGAACCUUGUACGCGUGACAUAUUUUAUCCUAGAAAUUUUGAGAAC